AUGAAGAGAAUCUAUCCGCUGCGAUGUUUUCGAUACACAUUUACAGAAGUGGAGGGAAAAAAAUUCUCUGGUGGCAUUAGCAAAACAGUCGUAGCACCAUUGGAACGAGUGAAAUUGUUGUUACAAACGCAAGAUGUCAAUCAAAAAGCAUUAGAAAAAGGAAAAUAUAAAGGUUUUGGCGACUGUUUUGUUCGAUGUGUGAAAGAAGAAGGUGCAUUAUCAUUGUGGAGAGGCAACUGGGCAAAUGUUAUCCGAUAUUUUCCAACACAAGCAUUAAAUUUUGCUUUCAAAGAAACUUAUCAAAAAAUGUUUGCCAAUUACAAUCCAAAAACAGAUCCAUACAAGUUUUUUGCUGGAAAUUUGUUUGCUGGAGGUAUGGCUGGAGCAACUGGACUUUUAUUUGUCUAUCCAUUGGAUUUUGCUCGUACUCGACUUGGUGUUGAUAUUGGAAAAAAUGUACAUGAACGACAAUUUAAAGGAAUGAACGAUUGUCUCGUAAAAAUAUUCAAAGCCGAUGGCAUACGAGGGCUUUAUCGUGGAUUUUCUAUUUCGGUGGCCGGUAUUUUUGUUUAUCGGGCAUUUUAUUUUGGAGGAUACGAUGCCGGAAAAAGAUUUAUGUUUGGUGAUAAUCCAAAUCCAAAUAUUUUCUAUCGCUUUUUAUUUGCACAAGCUAUUACCUCGUCAUCAGAAUUUUUAGCUUAUCCAUUAGAUACAAUAAGAAGACGAUUAAUGAUGCAAAGUGGCCGUGGUGAUGUUAUUUAUACAGGCACAAUUGAUUGUGCAACAAAAAUUCUUCGAAAUGAAGGCUCAUUGGCAUUUUUUAAAGGAAAUCUGUCGAAUAUCUAUCGUAGCGUUGGAAAUUCGUUUCUACCAUUCAAUUUAACAAUGAAUUUAAUUGAUCUUGACUGGAAAUUUGCUAUUAAUGUUGCUUCGUCUACGACUGAACCGUCAUCAACAUCUGGUGAUACAGCACGUUUAUACUUAAAAUUUACUGUUAUGGAUAAAACUGGAGGACAAAAGAAAGACGUACCAGUUAGUGUUACAUUGGAACAGUUUUAUGCACUUGUUCAUCAAUUGCAGAAAGCAAAAACUGAAAUGGAAGUUUAUUCGUCCGACAAUAAUGCAAUAUAA